AUGCCAGGCCGCAACCCCUUCUCCGAAUCCAGCGUCCCGCUGCAAAACACGGGCGGGCCUAGCGAUCCGCCGCCCUACGCCAUGCAUGCGACCGCGACCGAGGAAAAGGUGGCCGGCCCAUCGAAAUGGAAUCCCAAGUCGUGGGGCCUGAAGACCAAGAUCGCCGUCGCCGUGGGCAUUGCCGCCGUCAUCGUCGCCAUCAUCUGCGGCGCCUACUUUGGCGUGAGGAACAACGCCUACCCCAAUUACAGCAAACUCAAUUACAGUCUGCAGAAGACAUAUGAGGGUACCUCGUUUUUCGACGACUGGGACUAUUUCAACACUUACGAUCCUACCGGCGGCUGGGUCCACUACGUCGACAACGCCACGGCCGCGUCCAUGAACCUCACCUACGCCACCUCCUCCAAGGCCGUCGUCAAGGUCGACACGUCGGAGAACGGCGACUCGGCCAGCACCGGCCGCAAAUCCGUCCGCAUCACGUCGCGCGACACGUGGAGCAGCGGCCUCUUCCUCUUCGACAUCACCCACUCGCCCUACGGCUGCGGCACCUGGCCCGCCGUGUGGCUGUCGGACCCCUACAACUGGCCCGCCAACGGCGAGAUCGACGUCCUCGAGGGCGUCAACCAGAUCUCGGACAACAAGAACCAGAUGACGCUGCACACCACCGACGGCUGCACCAUGGACCGCAAGCGCAAGCAGUCGGGCAGCACCAUCCACGAAAACUGCUGGAACGCCACCAACGACAACGCCGGCUGCGGCGUCUACGGCUCCUCGACCUCCAUCGGCAAGGCCUUCAACAACGUCGGCGGCGGCGUCUACGCCGUCGAGUGGCGCGACGCCGGCAUCCGCAUCUGGUAUUUCGAGCGCGACAGCAUCCCCGACGACGUCGCCGCCAGCAACAGCAGCAGCAGCACCACCACCCCCGACCCCAGCACCUGGGGCGAGGCCGCCGCCGACUUCCCCAGCACCGACUGCGACAUCGGCAGCCACUUCCGCAACAUGAGCAUCAUCGUCAACAUCGACCUGUGCGGCGACUGGGCCGGCGCCGAGUCCAUCUACACCGACGAGGACGAGUGCCCCAGCACCUGCGAGAGCUACGUCACGAACAACGCCACGCAGUUCGAGAAGGCUUACUGGGAGUUCAACAGCUUCAGGGUGUAUACCGCCGCCGGCGAGGCCGCGGCCAGCACCGCGGCGGGAGGCUCGUCGGCCACGGCGACAAGCUCGGUGGUGGGCGUGUCGUCUGUGGCGACGACGACGACGUCUGUUGUGGCGACGACGUCGGCGGCGGCGGGGCCGGGAGGCGACCAGAACAAUAAUAAUAACAACAACAAUAACAACAACAACAACGGCGGUGGAUAA